AUGGAGACUCCGGUCAAAACACACCAGGACUUCAUCCUCCUCACUGCAAAUCUCGGCUCCGAAACCUCCACGGAAAUCAUCAACUUCAUCGCACAAUACUCCACCACCCCGCACAGCCUCGCCGACCUCUCGCAAGCGCUAACCCUCGUAGCCACCAAUCUCCACUCCUUAUAUUCCACCAUCUCCCAAUACGGGCCCAAUACCAAUUACGAUGAUUCCUUGACCAGACCUCUCAUCGCCUGCUUGCAUGCAAUUUUCGAGAAAGUGGGCAGGGCCUUGGAGGAGGGUGUGGAAGCCGAGAAGGAAUAUGGUGACGAGUGGGAGGAUCUGGAACGUGUGGGUGGAGGUGGGAGGUCAGUAGUCAGGCCGAGAAAUCCAAAUGCCUUUAAUCAUGCCGGGUGUGUGAGGUUUGUGAGGGUAUUGGGUGGGUAUGAGACGACAGAUGAGUUGGUGUGGUAUCUGGAGACCUUGAAGGGACAUGUCUUUCAUGUAGCCAAGGCGAUUCGGUAUUUGGCUUUGAAGAGAAUGGAGAGCGAGAGUACUUUGAGCGCGGAAGAGAAGGCGACGAUGAAGAAACUGACGAGUCGAGUUGUUGAUCUUUCGGGCGAGCUGGAGUUCCGGAAGCAAGAACUUGAGGUAUUGGCUGAGAGAUGGAAGGCUGGCGAUGAUCUUACGGACACAGGGAAGAAGAUGGACGAAGUAGUCAUUAUUCCUCGACCGAACCGGCGGAUUGACGACGAUGCUCUGAGCUGGCGCUCAUUCGAUUCCUUUGAGUCAGAUAGUGCUUUUAUCGAGAGUAACGAAAUCUACGAGAUAUGGAUCAUCCGGAAGAUUGAAGGACAAACUCGACGAAUGGAACGUAACUGGACAUUCCUCGGCCUGAGAGUGAGCGAGCAUCUUAACGACGAGGUCUAUUCUGUCGAAGGCAUGCCUUGCUCCCAGGAGAAAAUGAAAAGUAAGUACGAAGCUUCGAAGAUCGGGGCAGGUGUAUUGGAAAGGAGACUCGCAAAUUUGCCCAAUAGUAUCUAUCGUGAGAUCCAGUGGCUCGUUCAGGAACGUAUGAGGAUUUCCAGUGUCAGCAGGCGCCUCCGCACAUGGAAGUUGAUCGAUGUGAAGCCCACUACUCCGAUCAUGCCUCGGCAACCGCAGUCCUGGAUGAGCUGGCUCAUGGGGAAGCAGAAUAACUCGGACCAGAUGGUGGUCUUGAAGGCGGAAAGUUCCCGGGAAGAAGGCAUGACCUAUCCGAAUAGGAUUACCGAUCCUUUCAGGAAGCAUGGUCGAAUUCCAAGUGAUAGAAGGAGGAGAAGGACUCGCAGCCCCGUUGAUAUUCGCCUGGAGGAGAGAGACGAGCGGGGUGAAUAUGUUGGCGAUCGUCGUCGCGGCGAGAUUCCGUCGAUGCCAGAUCCAACUCCUGAGGAGGCACAUAGGAAAAUCGAGGAGAUGCUGGCAGAACUGGUAGCUUCUGGCAAGCAAGACGUAGCUUCAAACGGUCAAGGUAGUGGCGGGGAGACAGGUAUUGCGGAUCCUGAGUGA